GAAAAAUCCUUCCACAAGCUGCAGAUCCACCAGAGAGCCUCCUGAACGUCAGCCUUCAUGCUACAUCAGAACUGCAGAAGUUUAAAGACAUGAGUGAGCAGAAUGUGAUUGUGACUUUCUAUCCAAGCAGAGAUAUCCAACUGCGUGUGUUUACAGCUCAGUCGCCUGAUUGGCUCUCUGCAACAUGCUCCGCCCCCUGCUCAUCCUGUCUGUUCUCAGUUUGCUGACUGCAGAGGUGAAGACAACAACAUCUGCAGUUCCCUCAACCACACCUGCUCCAAUACCACAGACCUCUACAGCCAAUCAGGUCGGCUUCACUUCUACAACAGCAGUGAGCAACAGUGCAGCAGUGGAGGGGCACAUCCGCCUGGUUGGAGGAAACAGCUCUUGCUCUGGCAGGGUGGAGAUCUUCCACAGUGGGCAGUGGGGGACAGUGUGCGAUGAUUUAUGGGACCAGGUGGAUGCUCAGGUGGUGUGUAGACAGCUGGGCUGUGGCAGGGUCGUCUCAGCACCAGGAAGUGCACAGUUUGGACAGGGCACUGGACCCAUCUGGUUGGAUGAUGUCAGUUGCUCAGGCAGUGAAUCAAAUCUCACUCAGUGCCAGCACUUGGGAUUUGGAUCUCACAACUGUGCACACUUUGAGGAUGCUGGUGUCAUCUGUGAAGAAACUCCCCAAAGUGUUGAUCCUUGUUACAACUACACUGUGCUGAAUGAUGAAUGGCGUUCAACAAACAACACAAAUACUCAGGACCUACACUGUGAUCAAUCUAUUAACUGGCAAGGCUGGUACCGCCUGUUUCUGGGGAGCUCUGAUGCUCGUAUUCCCGAGAGGUGUAUAGACACAAACAGGUGUGGAACCCAUGCUCCUCUGUGGAUAACACAACCUCAUCCCACACAGCCCGGUGAAACUGUAACUCGCACUGUGUGCAACAACUGGUCUGGCAGCUGCUGCUAUUUUAGCUCACACACCAUCCAAGUCAAACUCUGCCAUGGAAACUACUACGUUUACAAACUUGAGAGGCCAUCUGUGUGCCACCUUGCAUACUGUGCAGAGGUGAACACAACCACAUCUGCAGUUCCCUCAACCACACCUGCUCCAAUACCACAGAUCUCUACAGCCAAUCAGGUCGGGUUAAAUUCUACAACAGCAGUGAGCAACAGUGCAGCAGUGGAGGGGCACAUCCGCCUGGUUAAUGGAGGAAACAGCUCUUGCUCUGGCAGGGUGGAGCUCUUCCACAGUGGGCAGUGGGGGACGGUUUGCGAUGAUUCAUGGGACCAGGUGGAUGCUCAGGUGGUGUGUAGACAGCUGGGCUGUGGCAGGGUCGUCUCAGCACCACAAAAUGCACAGUUUGGACAGGGCACCGGACCCAUCUGGUUGGAUGAUGUCAGUUGCUCAGGCAGUGAGUCAAAUCUCACUCAGUGCCAGCACUUAGGAUUUGGAUCUCACAACUGUGGACACUCUGAGGACGCUGGUGUCAUCUGUGAAGAAACUCCCCAAAGUGUUGAUCCUUGUUACAACUACACUGUGCUGAAUGAUGAAUGGCGUUCAACAAACAACACAAAUACUCAGGACCUACACUGUGAUCAAUCUAUUAACUGGCAAGGCUGGUACCGCCUGUUUCUUGGGAGCUCUGAUGCUCGUAUUCCCGAGAGGUGUAUAGACACAAACAGGUGUGGAACCCAUGCUCCUCUGUGGAUAACACAACCUCAUCCCACACAGCCCGGUGAAACUGUAACUCGCACUGUGUGCAACAACUGGUCUGGCAGCUGCUGCUAUUUUAGCUCACACACCAUCCAAGUCAAACUCUGCCAUGGAAACUACUACGUUUACAAACUUGAGAGGCCAUCUGUGUGCCACCUUGCAUACUGUGCAGAGGUGAACACAACCACAUCUGCAGUUCCUCAACCACACCUGCUCCAAUACCACAGAUCUCUACAGCCAAUCAGUGGAGGGCACAUCCGCCUGGUUAAUGGAGGAAACAGCUCUUGCUCUGGCAGGGUGGAGCUCUUCCACAGUGGGCAGUGGGCGGUUUGCGAUGAUUCAUGGGACCAGGUGGAUGCUCAGGUGGUGUGUAGACAGCUGGGCUGUGGCAGGGUCGUCUCAGCACCACAAAAUGCACAGUUUGGACAGGGCACCGGACCCAUCUGGUUGGAUGAUGUCAGUUGCUCAGGCAGUGAGUCAAAUCUCACUCAGUGCCAGCACUUAGGAUUUGGAUCUCACAACUGUGGACACUCUGAGGACGCUGGUGUCAUCUGUGAAGAAACUCCCCAAAGUGUUGAUCCUUGUUACAACUACACUGUGCUGAAUGAUGAAUGGCGUUCAACAAACAACACAAAUACUCAGGACCUACACUGUGAUCAAUCUAUUAACUGGCAAGGCUGGUACCGCCUGUUUCUUGGGAGCUCUGAUGCUCGUAUUCCCGAGAGGUGUAUAGACACAAACAGGUGUGGAACCCAUGCUCCUCUGUGGAUAACACAACCUCAUCCCACACAGCCCGGUGAAACUGUAACUCGCACUGUGUGCAACAACUGGUCUGGCAGCUGCUGCUAUUUUAGCUCACACACCAUCCAAGUCAAACUCUGCCAUGGAAACUACUACGUUUACAAACUUGAGAGGCCAUCUGUGUGCCACCUUGCAUACUGUGCAGAGGUGAACACAACCACAUCUGCAGUUCCCUCAACCACACCUGCUCCAAUACCACAGAUCUCUACAGCCAAUCAGGUCGGGUUAAAUUCUACAACAGCAGUGAGCAACAGUGCAGCAGUGGAGGGGCACAUCCGCCUGGUUAAUGGAGGAAACAGCUCUUGCUCUGGCAGGGUGGAGCUCUUCCACAGUGGGCAGUGGGGGACGGUUUGCGAUGAUUCAUGGGACCAGGUGGAUGCUCAGGUGGUGUGUAGACAGCUGGGCUGUGGCAGGGUCGUCUCAGCACCACAAAAUGCACAGUUUGGACAGGGCACCGGACCCAUCUGGUUGGAUGAUGUCAGUUGCUCAGGCAGUGAGUCAAAUCUCACUCAGUGCCAGCACUUAGGAUUUGGAUCUCACAACUGUGGACACUCUGAGGACGCUGGUGUCAUCUGUGAAGGAUAUUCCCAAAGUGUCGAUCCUUGUUACAACUACACUGUGCUGAAUGAUCAAUGGCGUUCAACAAACAACACAAAUACUCAGGACCUACACUGUGAUCAAUCUAUUAACUGGCAAGGCUGGUACCGCCUGUUUCUGGGGAGCUCUGAUGCUCGUAUUCCCGAGAGGUGUAUAGACACAAACAGGUGUGGAACCCAUGCUCCUCUGUGGAUAACACAACCUCAUCCCACACAGCCCGGUGAAACUGUAAAUCGCACUGUGUGCAACAACUGGUCUGGCAGCUGCUGCCAGUUUCCAUCACACACCAUCCAAGUCAAACUCUGCCAUGGAAACUACUACGUUUACAAACUUGAGAGGCCAUCUAAUUGCCACCUUGCAUACUGUGCAGAGGUGAACACAACCACAUCUGCAGUUCCCUCAACCACACCUGCUCCAAUACCACAGAUCUCUACAGCCAAUCAGGUUGGCUUCACUUCUACAACAGCAGUGAGCAACAGUGCAGCAGUGGAGGGGCACAUCCGCCUGGUUGGAGGAAACAGCUCUUGCUCUGGCAGGGUGGAGAUCUUCCACAGUGGGCAGUGGGGGACAGUGUGCGAUGAUUUAUGGGACCAGGUGGAUGCUCAGGUGGUGUGUCGACAGCUGGGCUGUGGCAGGGUCGUCUCAGCACCAGGAAGUGCGCAGUUUGGACAGGGCACCGGACCCAUCUGGUUGGAUGAUGUCAGUUGCUCAGGCAGUGAAUCAAAUCUCACUCAGUGCCAGCACUUAGGAUUUGGAUCUCACAACUGUGCACACUCUGAGGACGCUGGUGUCAUCUGUGAAGGAUAUUCCCAAAGUGUCGAUCCUUGUUACAACUACACUGUGCUGAAUGAUCAAUGGCGUUCAACAAACAACACAAAUACUCAGGACCUACACUGUGAUCAAUCUAUUAACUGGCAAGGCUGGUACCGCCUGUUUCUGGGGAGCUCUGAUGCUCGUAUUCCCGAGAGGUGUAUAGACACAAACAGGUGUGGAACCCAUGCUCCUCUGUGGAUAACACAACCUCAUCCCACACAGCCCGGUGAAACUGUAAAUCGCACUGUGUGCAACAACUGGUCUGGAAGCUGCUGCCAGUUUCCAUCACACACCAUCCAAGUCAAACUCUGCCAUGGAAACUACUAUGUUUACAAACUUGAGAGGCCAUCUAAUUGCCACCUUGCAUACUGUGCAGAGGUGAACACAACCACAUCUGCAGUUCCCUCAACCACACCUGCUCCAAUACCACAGAUCUCUACAGCCAAUCAGGUCGCAUUAAAUUCUACAACAGCAGUGAGCAACAGUGCAGCAGUGGAGGGGCACAUCUGCCUGGUUGGAGGAAACAACUCAUGUUCUGGCAGGGUGGAGAUCUUCCACAGUGGGCAGUGGGGGACGGUUUGCGAUGAUUCAUGGGACCAGGUGGAUGCUCAGGUGGUGUGUCGACAGCUGGGCUGUGGCAGGGUCGUCUCAGCACCAGGAAGUGCGCAGUUUGGACAGGGCACCGGACCCAUCUGGUUGGAUGAUGUCAGUUGCUCAGGCAGUGAAUCAAAUCUCACUCAGUGCCAGCACUUAGGAUUUGGAUCUCACAACUGUGCACACUCUGAGGACGCUGGUGUCAUCUGUGAAGGAUAUUCCCAAAGUGUCGAUCCUUGUUACAACUACACUGUGCUGAAUGAUCAAUGGCGUUCAACAAACAACACAAAUACUCAGGACCUACACUGUGAUCAAUCUAUUAACUGGCAAGGCUGGUACCGCCUGUUUCUUGGGAGCUCUGAUGCUCGUAUUCCCGAGAGGUGUAUAGACACAAACAGGUGUGGAACCCAUGCUCCUCUGUGGAUAACACAACCUCAUCCCACACAGCCCGGUGAAACUGUAAAUCGCACUGUGUGCAACAACUGGUCUGGCAGCUGCUGCCAGUUUCCAUCACACACCAUCCAAGUCAAACUCUGCCAUGGAAACUACUACGUUUACAAACUUGAGAGGCCAUCUAAUUGCCACCUUGCAUACUGUGCAGAGGUGAACACAACCACAUCUGCAGUUCCCUCAACCACACCUGCUCCAAUACCACAGAUCUCUACAGCCAAUCAGGUUGGCUUCACUUCUACAACAGCAGUGAGCAACAGUGCAGCAGUGGAGGGGCACAUCCGCCUGGUUGGAGGAAACAGCUCUUGCUCUGGCAGGGUGGAGAUCUUCCACAGUGGGCAGUGGGGGACAGUGUGCGAUGAUUUAUGGGACCAGGUGGAUGCUCAGGUGGUGUGUCGACAGCUGGGCUGUGGCAGGGUCGUCUCAGCACCAGGAAGUGCGCAGUUUGGACAGGGCACCGGACCCAUCUGGUUGGAUGAUGUCAGUUGCUCAGGCAGUGAAUCAAAUCUCACUCAGUGCCAGCACUUAGGAUUUGGAUCUCACAACUGUGGACACUCUGAGGACGCUGGUGUCAUCUGUGAAGAAUCUCUACCUGUGGUGUCCAGUGUGGUGGACUCGAUCUGCACUGCGACCGGCCCCACUAUCAUUGACGUCCAUGGUCAGAUUAACUCCAUCCAGGAUCGGUGUGCGUACUCUCUGUUCUCGACUCCGUCACUCCCAGACCUCCAUGUUCUGGGGAACUUCAGGGACCGGCGUCGUAAAGAUGUGAGCUUUUUGGACAGUGUGACGCUGCGUGUGGACGGGCGUUACAUUCACCUGGAUCAAGGUGGGAGAGUUCAGCUGGAUGACUCCACGCUGACCCUCAGCAGCUCACCUCAGCUGGUUCACGGUGUGCAGCUCUCUAAGGACCAAACUGGAGUCACUGCAAAGUUGUCGCUCUCCAACCUCAACAUCUCUGUCUUCUUUGAUGGCUACACCGCACAGAUCCACUUAGAAGGACCUUCUGGUUCAUCUGUGGAGGGUCUGUGUGGAAACUCCAGCAGGUCUCUGAGUGACCUGAGGCUCUCUGAGUACAGCUCCACCAGCUGUGAGAUCCAGUACAGUGAGCCUGCUGACAGCACGAUCGACUGCACCAGUGUAACUGAACGCUGUAAUCUCCUGAAGGAGGCGCCCUUCUCCUCCUGUAACAGUGACAUUGACCCAAAGCCCUACAUAACCGCCUGCACCGACACUUUGUGUAAAUAUCCUGCAGUGGACGGACUCAACUGUCAGUUCCUGAAGGCCUACGCCAGAGCCUGCAGUCUACACAACCACACUCUGGAUGGCUGGACAUCAAAGACCAGCUGCUCCUCUGAGGCCUUCUGUCAGGACAGGACCUGCAGCGAUCACGAGUUCUGUGGUGAGAAGACGGUCGGUGGUGACACUCGCUGCUUCUGUCGGGCCAUUUUUGCCUCCAAGUACCAAGAAAACAACUCUUUGGGUGAUCCAACAGUCUGCAAGCAGAACUCUGCUUCAGUCAGUCUGGUCGGUUGUCUCCUGGAGGACAAAGGCAUCAACUACUCUGCCUUACACCUCAACGACCCGACCUGCAGGGGUCAGGUGGACGAGCUCUCCCACAUGGUCACCUUCAGCUUCAACAGCAGCAACAGCUGUGGGACGGUGGUCACGACCAACAACAGUCAAAUCAUCUAUAAAAACAUCAUCAUGACCCAGAACAGCUCCUCUGACAUCAUCACUCGUCACGACCAAAUCUACAUCGACUUCUCCUGCGUCCAAACUCAGCCGGACAUCAAGACUGCCACCUUCAGGAUCAGACACAGCUCUGUGAUCCAGCACAUCACAUCUGGAGUUUGGGAUUACACUCUGACCAUGAACACCUUCACCGAUGCCGGUCGCACACAAGCUGUGGACUCCAGCACUGAAGUGCAGCUGGACCAGAAGAUCUGGGUGGAGCUGAAGACUGACGGGCUGGAUGGAAAUAUGGUUGUCAUAGUGACUGACUCCUGCUGGGCCACAGACCAGCCAUCACCCGACAGCACUCCGAGAUACGACCUGAUCAUAAACGGCUGUGCCAACCCUGCUGACCAGACUGUGCAGGUGGGAGCAAACGGACUGGGAGCCUCCAGCUACUUCUCCUUCAACAUGUUCGAGUUCACCGGGGGCUCUGGUGAAGUCUUCCUGCACUGCAAACUCCACCUGUGUCCCAAACAGGAGAACAGCUGCCUCCCGACUUGUCCUGGAGCUGCUCGCAUACGCAGAUCUGCCAGGUCCAAAUAUGAAGGUGAAGCCUUCAUCAGCAUGGCCUGGACUCAUUAGGUGGUUUCCACAGUGACUCGGACUGACUGACAGGCUGCCAACCUCCACAAUGAUCCCUGCCUCUGGCCCUGAUCUGGAUCCUGGAUGUGUAAAAGACUGAGCUCUCUUCUGGCUGCUGUGAGGAAUGUGUGAACUCCAACAGCUGGAAAAAGCAGCUGUUUUAGUGGACAGGGCCGAAUUGUCAUCUGAUCAGGUGUAGAUGAUUCUAUGCCUGAUAUUUACCGUUUUAUUAGUAACUUGGUGAAGGGAAGUGUGUUUUUUGAUAUAUAACCAAAAGAAUAUAUUUGUGUUAUUAACACUCCUCAAACAUCUAAAAGCAAAGCUGGUUGCAAUUCAGGACACCUGUAGGUUGUCAAAUGUAUAAGAGUCAAGACUAACGACUUGUUUGACUUGUGAGUUCCUAAAUACACAAAUCUUUGUUCACAGGUCCCACAUAUCCAUAAGCAGUAAUGCUUUCAACAAACGAAGUAUUUUUACUUCUCAAGUUGUCUUAGUUGAAUUUUUUUAUUCAUUUGACAGGAAAAUAUGAGGAUGGGAGUAGAGUUCAAGAAAUCAUAUGGUUUGGGGGCUUAAUAGGUAAUUGAAAAUUGAUUAUUCACCAGGGUGAAUCAUUGAAAUUGUAUAAAAAGUAUAUAAGUAUAAUUUAUUUUCUCAUUCUUGGUUUUCCAGCUGUCUUUUUUUUUUUAAAUUUGAUUGAGUUGAGUUCUUAUUUUUGCCUUUGAGUAGUCAUUAAAGUAAUCUAAAUAUGAGUGGAUGCAAGAGGAUACAAAGGUGUGAGCUUCUCUAAAAUUCUGAUUUGGUGAUCAAACAUAUCACUGGACAGAGCACAAAGAUUUACAGAUGCAUAUAAGUAUAUAAGUAAAGACCAUAAAUAAAACCACUAUGUGACAGCAUACAAACCCAACAUCAACACCCACGAUUUACCUGAGCCUGAAACCACAGCGCAGAGUUAAAGUUAAAAUGCUUUAUUUUGUAACUGGUUUUAGAGGCCGCACUGAGAAUUAUUGCUGCAUUCACAUUUUUUGUUGUUGUUUUUGUUGUUGUUGUUUAACUGUUUGUAUGAAAGACAAAAAAGAAAAUAAAUGGUGAGGGUAAAAAAGAA